AUGUCUCAGGAAAAUGAACUUACCAUUGCUCAGUUAUCACUUAAAAUGGAUGCUAUGUGGAAGGAAAUGCAGAGGAGAUUUGACCAAAGAUUGGAAACGAUCCAUGAGCAGAUUGAUCAACUAAGUUCAUCUAGGGUUUCUUCUAGGAAAUCUAGGGAAAAAUCCACCCUCGAAGAAUCUAGUGACUCCAAUGCCGAUUCGGACCGUGAGGCAUACGGGCAAGGGAGACCGAAGAGAAACACAAGAGCAAUUGAUGAUGCAAUCAAAGGGAUUAAGAUGAAGAUUCCUCCUUUCCGAGGCAAAUCUGAUCCGGAUACAUACCUUGAAUGGGAGAGUCGAGUAGAGCUAGUAUUCGAUUGUAAUGACUACACCGAUGCACAAAAAUUGAGACUUGCCGUAGUAGAAUUCACCGACUAUGCCAUAGUUUGGUGGGAACAAGUGGCUACAAGCAGGAGAAGGUGUGGUGAACCACCUAUAACCACUUGGACUGAGCUCAAGAGACUUAUGAAGAAGCGAUUUGUACCAAGUCACUACCAUAGAGACUUGUACCAAAAACUUCAAACCUUGACGCAAGGUCAACGCUCAGUUGAGGACUACUACAAGGACAUGAAAAUCUCCAUGUUGAGAGCUGAUAUUCAAGAAGAUAGAGAGGCUACAAUGGCAAGGUUUCUCAAUGGUCCGAGGGCUGAAAUAGCCGAUCAACUGGAGCUUCAAUACUAUGUGGAGAUAGAAGAUAUGGUGGAAAAGGCUAUCAAGAUUGAGCAAAGGCUCAAGAGGAGAGGGUCAAGCUCACGGCCACCUGUUACCAAAACCGACUCCAAGGUUGUUUCAAAGCCAACAAUUGAAACUUCAAAACCUAGGAAUCGUGACACCAAAUAUUGGAGGUGUCAAGGAGUUGGACAUAUUGCAAGCCAAUGUCCAAACCCAAGGACCAUGCUUGUCCUACCAAAUGGAGACAUUGUCACUGAUGAUGAAGAGGAGGAUUACAAAGACAUGCCUCCCUUGGUUGAAGAGGAAGAUGAAAUAGAGGAAGUUCCAACUCAAGACAAAGUUGGAUUGGUAGCAAGAAGGGCGCUAGCUACUCAACCUAGUAAAGAUGAGUUUCAACAUGACAACAUCUUUUACACUAGGUGCCAUGUGACCAACAAGGUAUGCAGCUUGGUGAUUGACCCCGGAAGUUGCACUAAUGUUGCUAGUGCAUUGAUGGUGGAGAAACUAAACUUGCCAUCUAGUGAGCACCCCCGUUCCUACAAGCUUCAGUGGUUAAACAACAGUGGAGAGAUUACACUUGCACCUCUUACACCUCAACAAGUACAUGAGGAUCAAGUUAGUCUACAAAAAGAGUAUGACUUGCAUGCUACCACCAAGAAGGACAACGCCAAAGCUAAAAAAUUAGUGUUGGCCGACCCUUCUUCAAGCAAGUUGGAUCACUCUCAUUCGGUCUUCGAGCCCACACAGGAGAGAAAACUCAGCAUGCUUGCCAAGGUGAAAGAUGUGAGAAAGGCCUUGCAUUCUAAUCAGGUUUUAUUUAUUUUAUUUGGCAAGGAAUCCUUACUCACUAAUGCUCUUGAUGCUUCUUUGCCUAGUGUUAUUACUAACCUCAUACAGGAGUAUCAAGACGUCUUUCCUGAGGAUAUACCUAAUGGUUUGCCUCCAUUAAGGGGAAUUGAACAUCAAAUUGAUUUCAUUCCUGGCUCUUCCCUUCCAAACAAGGCACCAUAUAGGACCAAUUCUGAGGAAACCAAGGAGCAACAACGACAAGUGGAGGAGUUGCUUAGUAAAGGUUGGAUUCAAGAGAGUCUAAACCCUUGUGCUGUACCAGUUCUACUUGUUUCGAAGAAAGAUGGAGGAUGGAGAAUGUGCACUGAUUGUAUUGGAGCUGUUUUACUCCAAGAGGGUCGCCCAGUUGCCUACUUUAGCGAGAAGUUAAAUGGAGCUGCUCUAAACUACUCAACCUAUGAUAAGGAACUCAUGGCCUUAGUGCGAGCCCUACAAACAUGGCAACAUUACCUUCGCCCUCGUGAGUUUGUCUUGAACACCGAUCAUGAGUCGCUCAAGCAUAUCAAGUCCCAAGACAAGUUGAGUAAGCGACAUGCAAGAUGGAUUACCUUCAUUGACAGUUUUACCUUUGUGAUCAAAUACAAGACAGGUAAGACGAAUGUAGUGGCUGAUGCACUCUCACGAAGGUAUGCACUUAUCACUACAUUAGAUGCUAAAUUGCUUGGUUUUGAAUUUCUUAAAGAUCUUUAUGCAGCUGACUCAGAUUUUGGUGAGAUUUUUGUCUACUUGCCACGACACUCUCGUGAGCACUAUUUCAUCUCUUAG